GACACCGAUUCCCAGAGCGAUGUCUUGCGAGCCGCUGGCAUUGGCAUCACCGAGAAUAACCCGACUGAACCCGUUCUCACUCUGCGCAUAUGGGUGCUGGGCGUGGUCUUCUGCAUUGUUGCCUGUGGUUUAAACAUAUUAUAUACCCUCCGUUCUCCUGUUGACCUGUCCUCUGGGUACAUGGAAUAUGUAUUAAUCUACGUGAUGUCCAAUCUCAGCAUCUAUGUCCGACUUGGGGCCGACGUGUUGACGGAACAGGAGAUGUUCUAUGGAUAUAAGGCUGGCUGGGGAUUUCAAUUUCUCAUCACAUUGGCCACUUUUUGA